UGCCUACAGUAAUGAAGGGACUCAUGGGGUUAAAAUACUGUGAUAGGACGUAAUGGUCAGGAUAGCCAAUCAGGUUGUAGGGGCGUGACAAAUCUCGGAAGCAUAGGGCGGAGCUUCGCGGCAGUGUUUGGCUGGCACGAGAGUUUAUCUGUUGGAUUUUAUUCAGCUUUCAUGACUCCACAAUGGGAGCUGGUAUCUCUCCCUCGAUGGGAGAUGAUGGCAUACUGGAUUCUCUCCUUCUCCUCCCAUCUCUAUUCUUUCUACCAGUUGCACAGGUUUUCCAAAGAGCAUGAGGUCAGCCUGGACAGAGAGGUGCAGCUGGAGAGAGGAUUCCUUAUAUGGGGAUUCAAGAAGGACCCUACAGAUUUUGAGUGGAGUUUUUGGAAUGAGUGGGCAUGGCAAUCUCUUUUGUGGUCUUUGAUUGGCCAUGCUGUGGUCUCUAGAUUGGCAGAUAAUUUUUUGCCUCAGUUCCGACUGGCAGUCAUAACGGUGUAUGGCUUCCUCUCAGCUGGGUGGCUUCUCGGCGUGCGAGGCUUGAGUGUCUUGAUGUUGCAUCUGAGCAUCUCAUUGGUGGUUGCUCAGCUACGUAGCCCCAUCCUCUCAUGGUUUUGCUCCCUCCUGCUACUCUCCACACUCAAUAUCACUGCCCUCCAGGAUUUACAGCGUGGUUUGUACACUUCUGAAGACCAGUACUACCUCUUGCUCUUUAGUACUGCUGUUUGUAGCUUGCGCUGCAUUAGCUUCAGUCUGGAGCUGUGCUGGCACCCACUGCAGGCCGGAGGACCAAACCACUGCUCCCAUCUAGAGGAAAAACGACUGAAAACUCUGAUUUUUCAGUUCUACAAGCUCACUGCCUACUGUUUCUAUCACCCCCUGUUUUACAAUGGACCUAUUGUGACCUACAGAGACUUCAGUGAACAGAUAGAGAGGCCAGUGUGUAAAGUCUCUGUGGUGUACGUGCUGAGUGGAAUACUGCGUGUGUGUGUCUGGUGGUGUUUAGCCGAAUUCAUGAUCCACUUCAUGUACAUGCACGCCAUCCAGAGCAACGAAACCUACCUGGAGAUGCUGCCGCCCUGGGCACUGGGUGGUUUGGCUCUUGCGUUGGUCCAGUUUUUUUACAUAAAGUACCUGGUCUUGUUUGGAGCGGUGUCUCUGUUUGUCAGACUGGAUGGACUGGAGCCGCCAAAGUUACCACGCUGUGUCAGCAUCAUGUACAGCUUCACUGGGAUGUGGAGACACUUUGACGUGGGGCUUUACAAAUGGCUCAUCAGGUACAUAUAUGUGCCGCUGGGCGGCUCUCAUCACGGUGUGUUCCGGAAACUCGUCUCCACUGCGCUGGCCUUUGGGUUUGUGUGUUUCUGGCAUGGUUGCCAUGACUACCUGCAGUACUGGGCCGUGCUAAACUGGGUUGGGGUGUUGGUGGAAAACGGCCUCGCACUCCUCUUUUCCUCUCGUCCAUUUCAUCACGUUAUUGUGCGUUGCCUGUCACCUCGGAUGCAGAGGCGUGGCCUAGCGCUUAUCUCCGCCCUCUCCACUGCUUUUCUGAUUCUGUCCAAUCUGCUUUUUCUGGGUGGGAUCCAUGUGGGCAGAAUCUUCUGGAAGAGGGUGUUUGUCCAAGGCUGGUCAUCUGUGGCCGUUCCAAUGGUUGCUUUUCUCUAUUGCUUUGCUCAAGUUGGUCUUGAGUGGGACAUGAGAUGACAACGCCCCUCAGAGCAGAAUCAUGGGAAGGCAAAGUUUCUCACAAAAAACACUUCGGUAUUUCCAAUAGUUCGGACCAAUCACAAUGUGCACAGCCAGCAUUCCUAUCAGCUCUUUCAAUAUCACGUGUUUGUAUAGUAGCAAUGCUGUAUUUGACCAGCGUGUGUGUGGAAAUGAAAUGAUGUGAGUGCUCCAGGUGUGUGUUUGAUGGUUAAUCCUGUCGCUGCUUUAUUUAUGAGUUUGUCUGAACACUGAUGGUGACACAUGUCUCUGAUCAGCAGCCAGGAUACAGCCUGACCAUUGCUCUCUCUCUUUCUCUCUCCCUCGUCCCUCCAUCUGUGUAGAUUUCCUUCCUCUUGUUCAUUUUGUCCCUCUGAUCUUUCUUGUCCUGAUCUCUCCAUCUCAUGUUGUUAUCCAUCAUUCUCUCAUUCUCCUUGUGUGUACCUGCUUCGGUCUUCUUACUAACAGCUCAAGCUGCUGGAUGUGGUUAAUUAGAUCAGUGAUCUGCUAGCCUGGAGUUUCUCCUUUAUUAGAGAGAGCUCGACAUGUGUGUGUUUCAGUGUUAGGGGGAUUACACUUUAAAGAGCUUUAUCUCUGCAGCGUACCUUUAUCAGCAUCAGAUUAAUCACUCAUAAUCCCUUCACAAAAAUCUCUCUCUCUUCAUUUCAAUUUUAGUGUUCUUUAUUGGCAGGAUAAAACUGUAUAUUUGUAGUACCAUAUAAAGAAUAAAAACAGCCAUACUGUCAUUGCAGCAUAAAAGCAAUGAGAAUUUUUAAGAAAAGUAAAAUAGAAUGAAAAGAAAAGUAGAUCUGAAUUAAAUAUAAAAAGAUGUAUUAUUAAAAUAAUUAAAGGGACACACUUUGUAAUAUCAGUUUGCUAUGAUUGCGGUCUCUUUCUCCAUCUCUUCUCUGUGAUAUGAUGAUAUUUUAGUAAAUGGUUAUGGAAGAGGUCAUGCUUGGCCUGCCCUUUCUGUGAGUCAUACUGAAAUUACUGACAUCACAUUUUACACAGGUCCGUGUGUGUGUGUGUGUGUGUGUGUGUGUGUGUGUGUGUGUGUGUGUUACUCAACACAGGUCACUCUGCUAUUAAUGAAUGGUAAUUAGUAUGUAGCAUUACAGUCUUCAAAGUGUACAUAAUUGCACAGUUCAAAAUGUUCUCUCUCCUUAAAGUAAGCAUGAAUGGUCAUUUACACCUUGCAAUGUGGUGCAUUAGUGUAUUUAGUGAAUUUGAAUAUUUCAUGAGAUAAAAUAUUGGGCUGGAUUUAAUUGAAUUUAUUGGGAGUUGGACUGGAUGAUGUAAAGUUGUUGUAACUUACCACAAUGGAGCUAGAAAUUAAAGCAAUUUUGCUUAAGCAAUGUUUAAAUAUCUGUUGGUGAUUAUUAAAUAUUUAUGGACAAUUUAAUACUUUUGAAUCAUAUUAAAUUGGGCCAAUUUUAAUUUCAUGCUGACUUCAAAGCUUUCAUAACUAUCUUGCAUAAAAUGACAGCAAUCAAGUAAAGAGAGUAUAAGCAAAAAUUAAGUAUAGAAAAUAUUUUAUUAUCAUAAAUAAUAUUUUACAGCAAUUUUACAAAUUUUGUAUUUGUGCUUUUACAGUAGUAAUUUCCAUGUGGAGAAAUGAUUUCAGUGUGGAGGUUUCAGUCAGUGGAUAAUGACCAUGCUGUCUGCUGACUACAUCUGAAGUUGAGUUAGGGCUGUUUUUAAAGAACGCCCCUUCGUAGAACUUCUGUGAGCAGACAGACCAAACCCUGCGGUGUGACAGAACUGCACAGCUCCGUUUGAACUUCACUAUCAAAAUACUCAUAGUUCCCCAAAACACUAUGACAUCCCUUCUGUUCAAACACAUAUUUGGACCAACACACAAACUGAAAUGCUCUGUGUGUGUGCGCGCUAGCAUGUUUGGUUGAAUUUCACAAAGUCUGACAUGAACCUUCAAAGGAAAAAAGAAAAAAAAUAUAUUGUGUAGAAAUAAAAUGUGUUUUUAGAUUUUAUCAUGUUCAAUUCUCAGUACUCUAAUAAUAAUAACUUCAAUUAAAUGUAAGAUUUUAUAUUUAAUUAAUAUUCAUUUUAUUUUAAUAAUUAUGAAAACAAUCUUUUUUUCUUUUGAUUUGGGGUUUAAAUGGGGGUGUUUUCUCUUUUAGGCUUUUGUGAAAUAAAUCCGACCAUAGAAAAGUUUCUCAAUCACGGACUGGUGUCUGGUCUCUAAUCAUGUAGUGGCCAAUUUUGUUGUCGAGACACGGUACUUUGGUUCUCAAGUCUGAAAAAACUAUGCAAACUCCCUAAAGUGAGUCUAAGAUCUGUGAGGAUUCAUUUCCCCUCGCUAAAUGCAAAUUUGAACUCGCUCUCCAAGAGUCAGACAGGUCUGCUUCAAAGAGUGAAUCCAUUAGCUCUAUGGGGUAAGAGGCAAGAGAUUAAAUACUCAUGCAGUAGAGGAGUACUUUCUUUUUAAUGGUAAUUUAUUCCAUUUUCCUUUGUAUUUACCAUGCAUAUCUUAACCUUAUUUUAAGUGCAAAACAAGCCAUGCUGUUGGCGUAUUUGAUCAAAUCGGUCACGAUCAGAUGGUAACGUGUCUCUGCGAGUAAACCAUGCUAGUGUCCAAGGCUGCGCAUUUCUUCUUAAACAAAUCAGCUCUGUAAAAUCCUCACUCUCAUUUUCUCUCACGAUGAAAAAGUGCAUUCUCUGAAUAUUAUGACUGUUAUUGCUGUGCUGCAGAGGCAUGCAGUUACAUCAGGGCUGCGUUUGUUUUGUUAUAUUACAUUGAUUACAUCAUGUGGUUCAGGUUAAAUGUUAUAUCUGGGCUGGAGGAGCAUGGCAGGAAUAAUCUGGGUGAAAUACAGCAGCAAUGAUUAUUGCUUCAGAAUCAGCUCAGGCUGAUGCUUUACAUUCCAGUUUACAUGGAUUUGCAUGUCAGUAUUGUUAUUAGUAUCACUGUAACAUUCAUAUGUCUUAUUUAAAAUCAGUUCUGGGUUGCUCUCUAAAAGAUGGUGAAGUAACAGCACGGGGUAAAACCGCUAAACCUUUUCCAUUCCAGCUCAGCAUUUGGAGUAUAAGCAAAUGACCCAUAAUAUUAAAGCUAAUUAAGAUGUCGUUAUUGUAAGACAUGCUCUGAAGCAUAAAACAACCUUAAUUGGAAUUUUACCAUUUAAUAUCGUUUCUCCGGCAUCCUGCUGACAGAAUGAGAUAAUUAUCUCUCAAGGGCAAUAAUACACACAUAUAUAUAUAUAUAUAUAUAUAUUUUAAAGAAACUAGGAUGUAAAAAAUCUUCAUACUGUAUAAAUGUAUCUUUGUUGUAAACAGAAAUAAAUCUUCAUGUUGUUAGAGCUACUCGUCUUUUUUUCCCAACACAAAAUCAGUUUUCAUCACAUUUAUAUUAGGUAUGAUUUUUGAUAUGACCUUGGUAGCGUUUUGGUUUUAGGUCAUUUUUCUGAGUCAUGUUUCUCUCUCUUUGCUCUCAGGUGAUACUGACCUCAGCACAUCUCCUGUGGACUUGAUAAUAACUUCUCUAACCUGAGAACAUCACACAGCAUGCUAACAUGUCCCUUAACCGCUCACAGUAUGUUCAUAACCACAAUUCGCAACAUGCGUGCGAGUUUGUAUAAUCGGGCACUCGUUCUUUUUCUGAGAUACAAAUGAGAAAACCUGAAUUAUUAAGCAUCAUCUCAGAAUAUAUAAAUACAAGUUCAUAUGUUCUGUGACGGAGAAGAACAUAAUCAGGUUUGGUGGUGAUGAUCUGAAUAGACUGGAUCUCUGUGUUCCCCCUGGACCUCAUUAUGGAAAUCAAGGUGGAGCUGAUAUGGGGGAGGGAUGCGUUCGGAAAAAAAAGAGUGAAAUAAACAGCUAUUUAUAUCUUAGCCAUGUGAUUAAAGGAUUAUCUGAACAGGCUCCUCCCAAACUUGCAUUAUGAGCUUUGUUUGAUAUAAUAAUAGGGGAGACUGGCACUAGCUGUCAUAUCUUCAGUGAAUAUUUCUCAGGGUUGUUAAAUUUUACAAGGCAAUUUAUCUACAGACACAUAUCUUAUGGUCUUUGUAAAAAAAAAAAAAAAAAAGCUGUUUUCUCAACAAAAAAAAAAAAUUCAGUUGUCAGAGUGGGAAUUAAAAAGCCUAUUUUAGGCCCCUGAAAACAAGUCCCAGUCUCUAGACAUUAUAACAGACCUGGUGGGAACAUAAUGCCACAUCUUUAGUUUUUAAUAUGCAAAAACAUCCAAGGAAGGGGUCAGAAUGAGCUCUCAAACCAUCACCCCUCUUCAUUCCUGAGAUUCUUUGUGUUUAGAUGUUUGCUGUAAUGCUUAAAGUUCCUCGUAAAUGUGUUAUGUUGUACUGUGGUGUUGUGAAAAAUCAUGUGUAUUGAUUACAUCCAUCAAUUCAUUUUGAAAAACAAAGCUACAAUGCACUAGAGAUCUGAAUAAUAAUAGUGCGCCCAUGGUAAUAUGUUUGUGUGCUUUCUGGAAGACCCAAUCGUUGAUGAAGAAACAACAUACAUGCGUAAAUUUCACUAGUUCUUCCAUUGUUGAAGGUCCUUUCACAUGACUUGCAUCAACAUCUGCAAUUUCAUUGAACAUCAUGCUACAGCGUUAUCCCUGACACACAUUGUCUGCAGUCACAUGCUGUAACACAAUGCUCAAAAUUAUAACCGUUUCCCACAAUGUUGAAGAAAUAUUCAUAGACAAUGUAAGGGAGAGGAGAUGGACCAGUUGUAGAAAAUGAAUGAAAAAUAAUUAAAUAC